UGGAGUAUUUCCAUUGGUCCCACUCUGGCACGUGACUCCUGCUCCUUUAAGAACGGCGGAGGGAAACCUCUCCAUCCCGGGAACCCGGGGUACCUCAAGUCAGGACACCAGGAGAGGUAUUUUGGAAGGGACGUGUUCCCGAGCGUCCCACCCACUCAUGGGUGCGCCCCGGGGCGAGGCUCUCCGGAGACUUCCCGCAGCUGGGAGCCAGCAGCGGCGCACUGGUGAAGACAGAAAGGGUUCUGGGGUUAGACUUGCCAGAGGCUCAUCUGUCUUGAGGCAGUCUACCAGGCGUGACCAGUCUAACGAGAAGUCCUCUUCCGUCUGUUUUAUGUCCCUGGACGGAAUGCCCUCUGAAAUCUUGCUGAAUAUAUUUUCCUACUUGGAUGCUGUGAGCUUGCUGUGCACUGGAUGUGUGAGCAGACGCUUUUAUCAUUUGGCCAGUGACAAUUUUAUUUGGAUCAAGAUCUACUCAGCUGCAUUUUCAUCAAAAAGAUCACAUUGGAAAGUUAAAACAGUGGAGGAGACCGCCACGUCUGUGAGUGUACUGUCAGUUGAGGAUAAAGAAGUUGGGUACUGGAAGAAAGAAUAUAUUACAAAACAGAUCUCAUCUGUGAAAGCAGCACUAGCCCACAUUCUCAAACCUGUCAACCCCUACACAGGUCUUCCGGUGAAAACCAAAGAGGCCCUCAGACUGUCUGGCCUAGGUUGGGCAAUUAUAUUAAGAGAAAAAAGUGGAAAGGAACACAUCAUGCAACACGUUGAUCUUUCCUUAAACGAUACGUCUGUCACUGUUAUGUGGUAUGGCAAAAAUUGGCCAUGUCUAGCCAUGUUGUCCACCCUGGAUUUGUGUGGUGUGACGCCAGUUUUUAUGGACCGGUAUAAAACCCCUGACCCAAAUGGACCACGAUGGCUGUCGUUAAUUGCGAAGUAUGAUCUGAGUCAUUUAAGCAAGUCUACCAUGGUUGGCUGUGACAGACUUGUCCGGAUAUUCUGUCUAAAUCCUGGCCUCCUGNNNNUAACUUUUCAGAAGGAGGACGGACUGGCUUUUGUCAUGGCAAAUCUUCAUUUUCAUCGUCUUGUGGAGAGAAGCACAUUAGGCUCAGCCACUAUCCCCUAUGUGCUGCCUCCUCAUAGCCCCUUUGUGGAUGACAGCCCCGAGUAUGGACUGCAAGGCUAUCAGCUUCACAUUGACAUGCAUGGCGGGGGGAUUUUCUACCUGUGUAGUACAUUUCGCAACCUCUUCUCCAGGAAAGGGUGCAUUGAGAAUGGAUAUGUGAAGUUCAUGGCGAUAAGUUUAAAAAACAACAGAGAACACCUACCUCUUAUUGGAAAAGUUGGCCUUGCAUGGAGAACUAAUGUUUUUGAUGGCUUUAUUGAGAGGUGCUCUGUAGUGGAUGUGACCCUUCUGGAUGAGCACAGGAAGCCCUUUUGGUGUGUGAGUUCUCCAGUGUGCAUGAGAUCUGCCGCCUACCCCUCUGACGGUCCCAACUUCCUGGGGCACACUUACUGUGUGGACUACAUGGACACCGAAGGAGGAGUGCAUGCAGAGCUGGUCUGGAUCGAAGAGACGGAGGAGUACUUUCUCAUCAGCCUGGCCCUGUACCUCAGCGUAGCAAAAAUAAACCACUGGUUUGGGACAAAAUACUGAGGUUUAGCAGUAGGUGGGAAAGUCUUGUUACUAGUAAGCUGUUUGUUUUUUACAACUUUGUUCUUAUUAAAAGUUAAAGUGUAUCCGUG